AUGAGUGUUAACAAGUUUGAUAAUAAUAAAUCUUCAAAGGCAAAUAACUGGUCAUGUCGAUUUUGUACGUAUCUUAAUCCAGUUUCAAAGUAUCCCAGAUGUACAAUAUGUGGUCAAUCAGAUUCUUCAUUAGCUAAAUAUAACUUUAUUAAUGAUUCAUCGAGUUUGAUUAAUACAUCUAAAUCAUCAGCAACAUCAAUUUCACUUACUGUUCGUGAUCGACGAAAUAAUGAUGAAAGUAAUGCUGAAAAAAUUUUUCAUCAUAUUAAAUCAUUUUGUCAAAAAACUAAAAUACAUUUUGUUGAUGAUCAAUUUCCUCCAUCAUCUCGUUCAAUUGGUAAUAUUGAUCAAUCAUUUCAAUGGUUAAGAAUAUCUGAUAUAGCUUCGUCAUCAAAAGGAGAUCAUCUUUUAAAUUGGACUGUUUAUUCAUCACCAGAACCAAGUGAUAUUCAACAAGGUCUACUUGGUGAUUGUUGGUUAUUAGCUGCUUUAGCUUUAAUUACUGAACGACCUAAAAUGCUUCAACAUAUUGUAUUAACUAAAACAGUUAAUGAACAAGGUGUUUAUCUCAUACGUUUAUGUCAUCAUGGUUUAUGGAAAACAAUUAUAAUUGAUGAUUGUUUUCCAUGUGCACAAGACAAUCAACUAGCAUAUUCAAAAGCAAGUGGUCGUCAAUUAUAUGUUCCAUUAAUUGAAAAAGCAUGUGCUAAAUUAUUUGGUUCAUAUGCAGAUUUAAUUGGUGGACAUACCGAAGAAGGUCUACAAUUAUUAACUGGUGCUCCAAGUAUUCGUAUCAAUCUUAAUCCACAUGAUUGUAUACUUGAUAGUCAAAUUGCUUGGGCAAAACUUUUAUCUGCUUGUGAAGCUCGUUUAUUAAUCGGUGCAGCAACUGGUCGUACAGAUGUCAAUGAAGAAGAAUAUGAACGUGUACAUAUUAAUAGGAAUCAUGCAUUUUCAAUACUUGCUGCAUAUUUUCUAUCAGAAAUUUCUAUGCAAUUUGUACUUGUUCGAGAUCCACAUGCUCGAGUAGAUUAUAAAGAAGAUAUCAUAACAUCAUCUAUUCUUACUCAAUUGAAUUCUAUGAUUUCAUUUCAUUUACCAUCUGGUGCAUUUUGGAUAUCAUGGCCUGUAUUUCUUCAAUUUUUUGAAUCUAUUACAAUAUCAUCAUAUGCUAGUGAUUAUUAUGAUAUACGUGAAGUAGCUAAAUUUACUCAAUCAUCAAUAGAACCAAUUCCAACAUUUCAUUUUCAUGUAUCUAAAACAUCAAUAGUGGAUAUUAGUCUACUUUAUCAUCGUGAAAAACGUCGCUCUGAUGAUCGUCAUACACAAUCAUUUGUUUUAUGUGAUGUUAAAGAUGGAGUAUCCACAUAUAUUGGUACAAAAUUUGCUAUAUUACAAACACAUCGUGGAACAUUUACACAUUGGACAGGUUCAUUAAGUCCUGGUACUUAUGUACUUAUUCCAUUUUCUACUAGUUUUUGGGAUGAAAAAAAUCAUGAAUCUAUUAGAGAUUAUACACUUGUUAUACAUUCAAAAAUUCAAAUUGAUGUAUAUGUUAUUAAUGAACCAGCAACACUUUUAGCUGAUUGUUUAAUUGCAACUGUUCCACAAGAAAGUUAUAUUAAAAAUAAACAUAACGAUUUUAAUUAUUAUGCAACUUCAGGACAAUGUAGUUUUAUUAUGUUUAUUGCAGAAAAUUUAUCAUCUAAUUAUUAUUUAAAUAUAGAUAUUGAUAUGAGUGAUUCAGUGUAUAUACGUAAUUCUCGUCAAUCAUAUAUAACUCAUGAUUGUAUUCCACCACAUCAAAAACAAAUUAUAUUUCUUGUUGAAUGGACUAAUAAACGUGAUCAAAUAGCUAACAUGAGUUAUGUGUAUCAAACAUCUUUUAUAAAACAAUCAAACGAUUCAGUACCAACAAUUAAUAUUGAUCAAAAUGAUUUUCAUUCAUUUCGAAACUUUUAA